AAAAUUUUCUUUUAUGUAACAAUUAGGAUGCAAAGUUUUGCGAUUAACAUGGGUGAUGAAGGAAUGCCUGAUUCAACUAUUUUUGUAGAAGAUUGUGAAGUAAUUGCACCCUCUACCUCUUUACUUACCGAUCAAAAUGAUUUACAACGUCAAAAUGAAUUUAUAAAUGUUGACAACUUUGUGAGAGAUAUUUUUGCAAAUGAUACCAAAUUUUUACAAUCAGCGGCAACAGAAUCGAAUGAAGCAAAUAUUAUUGAUGAAAUCUUUACAGAAAAACCGCCUAAAAUCCUUAAAGAUUAUCUUUUCGGCAAUGUAAUUGGAGAAGGCUCUUAUAGCAAAGUUAAAGAAGUUUUGCAUGUUAAUUCGUUGAUUAGGAGAGCUAUUAAAAUAAUUAAAGAUAAAAGGCUUAGAAAAAUUCCUGGAGGUGAACAAAACGUUCAAAGGGAAAUUGAUGUUCUUCGACGGCUUAAUCACUCAAAUGUAGUUAAAGUUGUUGAUAUAUUUCGAAUAGAAGAGAAACAAAAACUUUAUAUUGUUAUGGAGUAUUGUGCACAUUUAUACUUUACUCAACUUCUUGACGGGUUAGACUUUCUACAUGGGAAGCGAAUUAUUCACAAAGAUAUAAAGCCAGGAAAUUUGUUGUUAAGCUUGGAUGGUGUAUUGAAAAUUUGUGAUCUGGGUGUUGCUGAAUUGUUACCACCUAGCUCCGUUGGAAGCGCUGAUGAUUGGUGCACAUUGAUUCAAGGAACUCCAAAGUUUCAGCCGCCGGAAAUUGUUUCGGGUGCACAAGGAAAAUUCAGAGGGUCUUUAGUGGAUAUUUGGGCUUGUGGAGUGACGCUUUAUAAUAUGGUCAGUGGAGAAUAUCCAUUCGAAGGUGAUGUUAUUAUGAAAUUGUUUGAAAACAUUAUCAAUCACCCAUUGCAUAUGCCUUCAAAUGUACAAUUAUCGGCUGAUUUGGAACAAUUGCUUCAUGGAAUGUUACGGAAAGAGCCAGAAAUGCGUUGGAAUUCUUUGCGGAUAAGAGCCAGUAAAUGGUUUUUGCAUAGUCAUAAAAUUGAUGAUACACGGAUAGUUCAUGUGCCGGCAGUAAAGGAUGUGCCUGCUCAUCGACCCCUUGGAGUUUUCCCCUAUUUGGAACAACUUUAUUCUAACUCAGAUUACUAUGAAGAGACAAACGAGUUAAGAGAUGAUUUAGAUUUAAAUGGACAUAUUGAGCAGAAUUGUGAAGGAAAUGGACAUUGCACAAUACAAAGCAUUUUCCCUAUAAAUUCAGAUUUGCCCGUCGCGGAUUUAUCGCUUAAACAAAAUGAGAUCUCUCCUUUAUCGAACACUAAAUUAGAUUCGCCGAACAUUCAAUGGAGGGUGGCAAGUGACCAACAAUUCAAAAAGAAUGGGGAUGAAGAGCGUGAACCAUUUAUAAAUUCCGCAAUUAUGUCAAAUGAAGAAAAGGAAAAGAAGAAAAAUGUAAAAAUUCAAUUUUACGACGAUAAUGAGGGUGAGGGUUGUAGCAGUAAUAUCGUUAAUCAAUGUAACAAUGAAAAUGCUGAUUGGGAUAAACAUCGAAAAAUUGUAAUUACUAAUAAAGACAAUGGUCAAAAUCGAAGAGAAGAUGGGGAAAAUGAAGCAAUAAUCAAUGAAAAUGAAAGAGAUGAUGAACAAAAUUUUGCAGAAGCUAGGAGACGGCAACAACGAGUUAACAUUGCACGACUUCGGCAAGUACUAUUUAUUGCACUCUGCGUAUUGAUAGUUUUUUCUGUUAUUAUUUUACUUAUAUUAAUGCUCUGA